GAUAUGUCCGGUCGCGGCAAAGGAGGCAAAGGGUUGGGGAAGGGGGGUGCCAAGCGGCACAGGAAGGUGCUCCGGGAUAACAUCCAGGGCAUCACCAAGCCUGCCAUCCGCCGCCUGGCUCGGCGUGGGGGUGUCAAGCGUAUCUCGGGCCUCAUCUACGAGGAGACCCGCGGGGUGCUGAAAGUCUUCUUGGAGAACGUGAUCCGGGACGCCGUCACCUACACGGAGCACGCCAAGAGGAAGACGGUCACGGCCAUGGACGUGGUCUACGCUCUCAAGCGCCAGGGCCGCACUCUGUACGGCUUUGGCGGCUAA